AUGACCACCUUCCGUAACCAGACCGUUUCGCCGAGAUUUCGCCGCAUGUAUAAGCUACAUACAAAAGGUACACAUGAGCGAUGCUGUUUGCAAGUUGAAUCGUUAAGCGUUCUUUUUGCUUUGAAAGUGGUGAAGAAGAUGUUGUCACUUUGGUCUGUCCUCUUUCUCUCAGCUGCUAUAAGCGCCACACCCCUCAAUCCCCGGGAUAGACCCAAAUUUGUACCUGGAAAAUAUCUCGUGCAAUUGCAGUCCGAUACAGAUGCCGCGUCCGUGGCCGCACACCACAACACAGUCCACCGCCUAGCUCGACGCGACACCACACCUGAACCGAUCGAGCGCAUCUUCAGCAUCGGGAGCCUGAACGCCUAUCUCGGGAGUUUCGAUGAACAGGCCGCAUCCGACGUCCUCGGUCUUGAUGAAGUGCUCUCCGUUGUUCAGGAUGAAUAUGUCUACCUAGAGAAGACCGACUUCCCUGCUCUGGAGCAGCGUGAACUCGUGACACAGUCACCCAGUAUCUGGAGUUUGGGCGACCUUUCACACAAGGCUGGCAACGCGACGGAGUAUGUUUAUGACGCUAGCGCAGGCGAGGGAACGACAGCAUAUGUUUUCGACACGGGUAUCCGCCUUAGUCAUGUCGAAUUCGAAGGCCGCGCGAGAUUUGGCGUCAAUGGGAUUACCAACUCCACGGAUCCUAGUGGAGCGAGUAAAGACGAUGAUGGUCACGGGACGCACUGUGCGGCAACGGUGGUAGGCAAGACGUUCGGCGUAGCGAAGAAAGCGUCGGUCGUCGAUGUCAAGGUGUUUGAUGGCUCAACCGGUUCAAUAAGCGCCAUCAUAACUGGCAUCCAAUGGGCAGUUAACGACGUCGUCUCCCGCUCCGCCCAAUCCACCUCCGUCUUCAGCAUGUCGCUUGGGGCUGAGACAACCUCAACUCUCCUCGACGACGCGGUCAAAGCCGCAUACGAUGCUGGCAUUCUUUCCAUCGCCGCAGCCGGUAAUGAAAACGCUCCCAUCGCCCCCUCCACCCCCGCUCGCGUCCCUGUAGCUUUCACAGUCGGCAUGACGCAACCAGAUCGCAACCGGGUAAACAUCAUUGCCGAUAUUUACGGUAGCAACUUCGGACCUGAGAUGGAUGUAUUUGCGCCGGGCCGCGAUAUCGUGUCUGCGAGCAAUCUGAACGAUACGGGAAAUAGUACGAAGACGGGGACAAGUAUGGCGACGCCGCUUGUUGCUGGGCUCGUUUGCUAUUUGAGAGCGUUGGAGGGUGGGUUAGGAAGCCCGGAUCAGGCGACGGAGAGGAUUUUAGAGUUGGCGAUUAAGGAUGUUGUGGGAGAUCCGAAGGGGAGUCCGAACCUGCUCGUUAAUAACGGCAGUGGUGCCUAG